AUGGAUCGAACAGCAGCUUCCCAACUCCUCUUCCUGGCGUGUUCCAUCAUUCUGAUCCAUCAAGGCAGCUCUGCAGAGUGCUCGGUGAACGUAAACUCUCCGAAUUUUCCGUCGCCUCAGCCGCUGCUGCUCAACCCGAACGCAGACAAGGACCUGAGCAGCUUCCUGGCGCCGGACGCACGCGGCGACAUCGUGGUCAGCGAGGGCACGCAGCUGCUGUUCGCCUGUCCUGACUCCGGGUUCAAGCUGAUCGACGCGCAGACUCUGAAUGCCACCUGCGUCUCCGGCACCGUCUUCAGCGUAGACGGCACCGCCUACACGAUCUCAGCACUCGCCUGCAAGAAGCUGCCUAGCGUCAGCGCUGUCGACACCAGCGCACAGUGCGAUGUCAACAAUGUCAAUGCAGUAAAGGUACAGAUCGGCUUCACGGUGGAGGAGGAGUUCUACAAACUGUACGAAGUGUGCUUCGACACGGAGGAGCUGACACCGUUGUACACAAAUGCCACCGUCGUCGCCGGCAUCAAGGGCUUCCAGGCCUCCUUCCCCAGACCCGAUCAAUGGGAGCAGGGCCAACUGUACGGCUCAGUGGACAUGUCGAACCAGUACAGGACUCAGCGGGACACCCUCGUGAAUCUGCUAGGUGCCACCCCCGAUAACUUGAGCAAGAACUACCUCAGCAGAGGACACCUGGCCGCCAAGGCGGACUUCGGGCUCGGUGUGCAGCAGUCGGCGACCUUCCACUACGCCAACUCGGCCCCACAGUGGUACGCCUUCAACUCCGGCAACUGGAACCAGCUGGAGCUGGACGUGCGCGACUUCGCCAGCAAGAACAACUUCGACCUUGAGGUGUACACAGGCACUUACGGUACACUGCAACUCGAGGACAAGAACGGCAACCAGACGGACAUCUACUUAUACGUAGGCACGUCGGGGAAGAAGGUGCCGGUGCCUAAGCUCUUCUGGAAGGUCGUCUACGAGCCGAAAUCUAAGCGGGCGAUUGUGUUCGUGGGCGUAAACAAUCCCUACCUCAGUUCCAGUAAGCUUCCAGAAGAGUACAGAUUAUGUAAGCAGGACGCCUGCAGAGUGAACUGGCUGCACUGGAAACCGACCAACCAGACGGCCGGCCGGGCUUACUGCUGCGAGUACGUGGAAUUCAAUGCCAAAGUGCCUUACCUUGACCUCGCGGUGGAGGGAACCUUUUCGCUGUCCGGCGCGGAGGCGACGUCGGCUCUUAAACUGAUGACCAUCGCCUGCAGUGUGUGGCUGCUCGUGCGACACUCGUACAACUAGGAUCACUCACAAACUGCUCCUCUCAGUUCGAACUACUUAUGCCUCCCAGACAUUUCCCUACAAAGCAUGCCGACUAACGACGCUAUCAAGGUUUAGCACUUGUGUUUUGCGGAAUAUCGUCUCACAAGUAAACACGCUGAAUCUGGUGUACUGUCGUAGUGUUAUGUAAACGUGCACGUCCAUUGCGUCUCUACGCCUACUUUAGAAUCUGGUUUUGAAGUCAAAUGUAAUUUAUGAUAAUAAACUUCAAGACAGCUCAAGUUCAACGUGCUGAUAUUGGCUGGCUACCCGCAUCUGAUAACUCGUUAGCAAGUGAUCCACGACCUCAUAAAGCGAUGCAAGUGAGUUCGCCAGUAAUUGCGGGACAAUUGAUACGGCUUUCGGUUGUUCACUCGAUGCAUCACUGCGCUAACAAAAUCAGGAGGUGUGCAGGACUAGUCCAGUUCCCGUCAGUAUAUUUCGACUAGCUGUUAGUCAAUGAAUAACGCCAUAUUAAUGACAUGAUGAAGCCCCUCAUUUUUCGCAGU